UACAACCUACUUAAACGUGUAUUAAAAAUUUCUUAAAAGUGUAUUGAAUGACACUUUUAUACGAAAAUGUACGUGCAAAGCUAGACGUAUAAAUGAGCCUGAUAAUACAAUGCAACCGUUGAUAACAGUAGAUCACGAAUCGCGUCACAGCUCACACCACACGGAUAAUGAGACGCCGCAAGCGACAGAGGACACGCCGCUCUUGCGCAGGUUCCCUCCGCUGCCUCCUGGUGUUCACCACACAGCGACCCAUUUCACUACGGCUGUCGUCAGCUUACUUCUGAUCAUACUUAUAUCUGGAGUCGUCAUUGGCGUUUAUUUACUCAUAGUGCAGAAUAAUUCGGAAAAUAUCCUCCCGCCAUUGACCUCGCCUCUGCAGUUUGUAAGCCGGUCGCAAUGGGACACCUCAAAGCGGCCCUUCCUUGCCAUGUCGCCCUCUAAAGCUCGUCACGUUAUCGUCGUGCAGACUGACACCGAAUCUUGUCACUCAACGCAGUCCUGCGCAGCUCUCUUGCAGACUUUACAAAGUAACAGCACGAAAAAAAUACUUCCAUACAAUUUCGUCGUGUCAUCGAAUGGGGAGACAUACGAAGCUUUAGGUUGGCGUCGGCGGACGUAUCUAUUCCCUGUGUACUCAGCCUCGUCGUUAGUCUUAGGUUUUAUAGGCAAUUUCACUCGGAUCCCACCAACAAAGGCCCAAAUGGAUGAAGUAAAGAACCUUUGCGCGGUAUCAGUUAGCCUGCAAUAUUUGGAACCAUCAUAUACUAUUAUCGGUAAAAGAACUAAAGAGAUACCCGAGCAACUCUUUGCAAGUUUUAAGGCAAUACCACAAUGGGACAAUUCUUUGUCUGACUCGUAAAUAAUAGCAAAUAUUGUCAAGUUACUACUUUACUUUCACUUUUUCUUCGUGUUGACAAGAGGAAAUUAGUUCUUUAGAAUCCCGCUACAUAUCGACCGUAACUAAGUAGAUGAUGUGCCUUAUGGCCUUAAUGUGCCAAAUAAUGACUCAGUGGAACUGCGUUGUGAGGGAGUAUCUGCAAAAUUAGUUCGUCUGGAAAUCUAGCCUAUCGUACGUAAUGGACUUUGCCAAUACUUGUACGACUAAAGCGCCUUUAAAAAAACAUUCCCUGGUGUUAUUUACCCAGUGUAAUGUUAUGGAAGACAAAACUAGUUGAUGUUUAUCGAGUUCUUAGGUUUUCGCGAUUGUUACACAUAGAAAAUGAAACUGUUUUUCGGGAUUUAAAUCGCGA